AUGGAGGGUUCGCAGGUGAAGGAACUCAUACAGACGUGGCGCGGCCUGAGCAGUGCACUCAAAGAGAAGAACGCGGAGCUCGAGAAAACACGUGCCGCCCUGCACGAAAUGGAGGCAGAGCACGCAAAGACCGUUCGAGAUUGGGAUCUUGAGAAGGCGAAUAUUCAAAACACAAUUUCGUUGGUAUGGACACAGGUGUCAAGUAAGAAGGAGGAACUCGCCCGCAUAGAGGAGGAGACACUGGAACUUCAGCGAAAGGUGGAUGAGCGCCGUUUACGCAAUGAGGAACACUGGAGGGUUUUAAACAAACGUAAACAAGUGGUUAAAUCCCAACUGCAGGAAAUGGAAGAAAAAGAUAAGGAUGCUAGAGAACGGUUGCGUGAAUUCCGAGAAUUGCGAGAGGAAAGCAAGCAGCAACUUCUUUCUACCAUUCAAAAACUUGAGGGUAUUGCGCAGCAGGAGCAGAUGGACCACCAACAGAAGACACGGCAAUUACGCAGUAGGAUUGCUGAUAUGGUGGCAGCAACGGAGUCUGAGAAGAAAUCAUGGGCCCUUGAAGUCGCAAUGCGUGAAUGGAAGCAGAAGAGCGAUGCACGCAAAUGGUUGUCGGAAGAAGCUGCUGCUGCAGAGAAGGAACAAGGGACGUGGGCAGAGAUUGUCAGGGAGGCCAACAAUCUUAGCUGUGAAGACCAUCUCAAAGAGUUGGACGUACUUCGCGCUCUCAUCUCCUGUUAG